AUUGAAAGAGACAGCGAGAGUAUAGAGGCCAAGUCCACUGGUCGAGGGGGGGGUGUGCUGGUAGCACCGAGGUGGCAACGGCUGGAAGCAGCCCUCCCCCCUCCUCCACGCCCGGCCCGGUCGUUGGCGAGGAGUGGAGAGUCCAAGGUCGACUAGUCCUCCCGGCUGUGGCGCGCUGAAUGGCUGGCAGUCUGUCGCCCCUCCGCCUUUGGUCCCGCAGCCACAGGUCGGAGGCGCCUGGCGUGGGCGCCCUGCACCCUCCCGCUGCUCUCGGGGCCCCACACACCUCCCGGCUGCUCUCCCCGCCACUCCCCUGGCUUUCGCAGUCCUCCCUGCACCCCUGGAGGAGGGGGCGCUUCUGCCUCCAGCGAAUCCACAGGGCAAGAGUCACUUCCCCUGAGGGCCCGGCCCGCUGAGAGCUUGGGAGCGGGAUCUAUUUACACGGGUGCUAAGUAGUCUUGGAAGAAUCCUUCGCCCAGAUGCCAACGUAAAUGCCGGUGUCAGGAAGAUAGGUGCGCCAAGCCGCGGCUCUGCGGAGAGACCACUAUCUACCGCGCGCCGGGGAGCCGGCGCUCUCCUGAGCGUCCCGGGGUGGCAGGGUAGGACCCGACACGGCGCCCGCAGUUCGACUGGAGAGCGGCUCGCGGGGGCUUCUCGGCGUUGCGAGCAGAGGUGCGGUCGCUUGGUGCGCCCGCAGACUCCGGGGUCUCGUCACCCCACCCCUCCCUCAGAAACUCGGACUGCUCGCGCCUUGCCGGAGGUUUCUUUUUUCUUCUGAAAGACCCGUGUCUUAUCUCUCAAGUUCAAGUCUGGAGGACUUGCCCAGUCAGCUCCCUUUAAGUCCUUUCUACCAUCGCCGGGCGGCUGUGGGAAGCCAGGAGCGCGUUACUGCUCGGAGCCUGCUCUGCUGGUCCCCCUGCCAGAGCUGGCAGUCCCAGUCUGUCCGGGGCAGCAACCCAGCGCAUUCGCAGCUUUUCCUCCCUGUUUCUCUCCCUCCCUUUCUUUCUUCCUCUCUUUCCUCCUCCACUCCCCCCUCCCUUUCUUGUCUCUUAAGUUUCCUGCACCGUGAAUCCAACUGUGCCAAGCAUAGGCUCCCGCGAACCAAUUCUGAGCUCGACCCGGGCACAGGGACCGCGACUCCGCCAAGGCUGGACCAGGCAGCCGACCCGUCCGCGCCCAAGCAUGGAGACGGAGUGCCUGGGAGGGCAUGUCCGGGGUGCUGGGGACUCCAGGCCCGAGUAGCUCCUCCAUGGAGCCUGGCCAGAGAGGUCCCUGCCCUCCAGAUUCGCCCCCAGUCCUGUGCGGCUGCUGAGAGCGCUCCUGGCUCUGUAAAGUGGAUGUCAGGUGGAUCUAUGUUUUUGAAGGAACAAAGACUCAGAGAAGGCACCGCCAAGGAAGUUUGAUACGCGGGAGGAUGCAGGCUGCGUGCUGGUACGUGCUUCUCCUCCUGCAGCCCACCGUCUACUUGGUCACAUGUGCCAAUUUAACAAAUGGUGGAAAGACAGACCUUCUGAAAUCAGGAAGCAGCAAAUCCACACUAAAGCAUAUAUGGACAGAAAGCAGCAAAGACUUGUCUAUCAGCCGGCUCCUGUCACAGACUUUUCGUGGCAAAGAAAAUGAUACAGAUUUGGACCUGCGAUAUGACACCCCAGAACCUUAUUCUGAGCAAGACCUCUGGGACUGGCUGAGGAACUCCACAGACCUUCAAGAGCCUCGGCCCAGGGCCAAAAGAAGGCCCAUUGUUAAGACGGGCAAGUUUAAGAAAAUGUUUGGAUGGGGAGAUUUUCAUUCCAACAUCAAAACAGUGAAGCUAAACCUGUUGAUAACUGGGAAAAUUGUAGAUCAUGGCAAUGGGACAUUUAGUGUUUAUUUCAGGCAUAAUUCCACUGGUCAAGGGAAUGUAUCGGUCAGCUUGGUGCCCCCUACAAAAAUCGUGGAAUUCGACUUGGCACAACAAACCGUGAUUGAUGCCAAAGAUUCCAAGUCUUUUAAUUGUCGCAUUGAAUAUGAAAAGGUUGACAAGGCUACCAAGAACACUCUCUGCAAUUAUGACCCUUCAAAAACCUGUUACCAGGAGCAGACCCAAAGUCAUGUAUCCUGGCUCUGCUCCAAGCCCUUUAAGGUGAUCUGUAUUUACAUUUCCUUUUAUAGUACAGAUUAUAAACUAGUACAGAAAGUGUGCCCUGACUACAACUAUCACAGCGACACACCUUACUUUCCCUCGGGAUGAGGAGGAACAUGUGGGUAAGACUGAAGCCUGAGGAAAUAAAUAUGACAGGGCUGUUACCUCAAAGAAGAAGGUCACAUCUGUUGCCUGGAAUGUGUCUACACUGCUGCUCUUGUCAACUGGCUGCAAAUACGUUAGUGGAAAACAAGCUGAUGUAAUUUCUGCCCAGUCAGCUUCAUCUCUUAGUAUAGUUGUAAAUCACCGCAGAUUUUAAAGUUACACUUGAAGACACGCUGUCACAUAUAGAGGUACACAAACACACCUUCACGCACAUUUCAGCUUGCAUCUUUCAUGAUUCCUAUUGAGAGGGCUUUCAUUGUCUGACUCACAACGGUUCAGGAUAAACUAUUAUCAAACGAAAGGAUUAACUAGACAGAGAAUGUUUCUAACACUUGCUGUUACAGAAAUCGCUUUUAAAUUCUUGAGUACAUGCUAAUCAAUAACCCCCAGUCAUGCAUUACUACUGCUUGGAGUAGCUGUACUGGUAAAUACUACUGUAGGAGUAUAUGCUUGUUAAAAUGGAAAAAUGUGUCUUUAGAGCUCAGUAUUUUUUAUUUUAUGAACACAGCAAAGUGUAGUAACUUUUUUCCAGCAUAUAGUAGGCACAUUCAAGGUGAUAAAAGAUGGCUUUUUUUUUUUUCCCUAUGGAGGGAGCCUAUUCUCAGUAAAGAUGAGCAAACAUUUGGAAUUUACACGUGGGCAGACAUUGGGAUUACAACUCUCAUUGAAUGAUUGGACUUUUGGAAAGUAGAGAUCAGCUAAAGCUGCUUAAAACAAGUUCUGAUCAUUAAAUAAGAAGGAAAAUGCCUGGCAGACACCACGUAAGUUAUAAGUGUCUGUCUUAUCUUUACUACACAUAUUGUAACAAAUUCAAUAUCCUAGUCUUCAUUUGUAUGAAUGGUUUGUAUUGUACAUAGUUCAACCAAGUGUUAUUUGAGCUGCUUAUUAAUAUUAACUUGUAUUUGUCUCUCUGCUUGUUAUUGGUUAAAAAAGACAAAAAGGAUAUAAGGAUUCCAUUUUAUCAAUGUAGCUGUGAACUCCAUUAAGAAGAAAAACUUAAUGUACAAAGCAUUUAUUCAGCUCAAGUAUUGUUGAAAGCUAUACAUAUACAACAUUACAGUCUGUCUGUAUUUAGAUAUUUUAUUUCUGGACAAAAUGAAAUGUACAUAAAAAUAAAAUACUUAAAGUUCAGUUUCAAUA